AGCGGGGUGCGGAUCUGGCCCAUUUUGAGCAGCUGCACCGCGGCCGGCUAAAUAACCACGUUUGUAGUAAUGUGACAGGGUUUACACCAGACGUGGGGAAGGCGGGGGGGGGCAGAAAUACCCCAGCACGGCUCCCAAAACUGCGCGGGUCGGCCCAAGGACCGCGGAAGGGCUCCUGGUCCCCGCCCCGGAAGGCGCCGCGUUGCCGCGGAGCGGGCGCGGAAGAUGGUGCUGCUGAGCGGGCCGCGCUGGAUCCGCAGCCGCCUCACCGACCGCUUCUGGAGGGUGCAGGAGGUGCUUAAAUAUGCGCGGCAUUUUCGUGGAAGGAAGAACCGCUGCUAUAAGCUGGCUGUACGAAGUGUUCGGAGAGCUUUUGUGAAGUCCACAAAGGCUAGAAGAGAGAAGAAGAGAUUCCUAAGAGCGCUUUGGAUCACUAGGAUUGAAGCAGCUUCUCUUGAACAUGGUUUGAAAUACCCAGCUUUCAUAAGCAAUCUACUUAAGUCCCAGGUGGAGCUGAAUAGGAAAAUGAUUGCCGAUUUGGCUAUUUAUGAGCCAAAGACAUUUAAGUCCCUAGCUGCCUUAGCCCAGAGGAGGAGACAAGAAGGCUUCCUUGCUGCCCUGGGAGAUGGAAAAGAACCAGAGGGGAUAUUUUCACGUAUUGUACACCACUACUGAUAUUAAGACCCUGCAGAUACGCAUUAUAAACCAGAACUUGUAUUGCAAAGUAAACUCACAUGCUGACUGCUGCUGAGAUUGUAGCUGUGGAAAAAAAUUCUCUAAGGAUGGUUCUGGCAGGAAGAAGAGGUGGGUCGGGGCGCGAAGCUUGCGCCUUGAUGACAUUUUUUGUUCCCCUGUAUUGUUGUAAUGGAAAGACGUCGAGUUAGAAACUACAGUUUGCAGUUAGCAGUGGCACAUCAGGCCUGUAGAAGUUCCAGUGUUAAAGACACCUACAGUACAUACAUGCUUUCUGUUCUCUUCAGGACUUUGUAAUAAAGAUCCUAUUUUGGUAACUGCUACCGGAAAACCAA